UUAGGACAAAGUCCUACUUCUCUAAGCCACAGCAGCAAUUUGCUUCUGGGAACAAAAAGAUAAAGUUGUGUCACUUCCUCCAUUCUCUACACCUACAUUUGAAGGGUGGGCUACAAUAUUUAAUGUCUUUCUAAACUGCAAAACUGUUUUUCUAUUUGUUUGUUUGUUUGUUUGUUUUGAGGGGGUUGUUUGGGUUUUGUGUGUGUGUGUGUCCGUGGUUUGGUUUGGUUUUUUUCAGUCCUUCAAAUCUACUUUUCAUUCCCCUGGCAGCUGAGGCUUCCCAGUUGUUCUGUGCAGUCAACAAAGUACAUUAAGCUAAUUCCCUUCCCUUGGGUAUGAAGAUUGGAGCACUCACCUGUGCCCUGGCAAAUGCCUCAGUGCUUUUGAAGGGAGUGGUGAGUGACUUGUACCCAGCAGUUCUAUACCUCUUUUUCUUCCUAAGACUAUGGAAGUUUCAUACAUCCUGCAAGAUGUGUGAGCUACAUACAAGCUGCAUCCUCCAACACCUCUUUCUUAUGCAUAGACCUUCCCUGCUGCACCAGCAUAACCCGCGUGUGUUAUUGAUGGGGAGCUACUGUAGGGGAGACUGUUUGCAGGAACUUCUAUUCUGAAGUAGCAGAAAUAAAGAAGAAAUUUCUGAAGAAAUACAGCAGUGUUCUCCUGUACAAGAAGAGUAAACUGAGCUAACAUAUUCAGUUCUGCUGCAGAUGGUGAUAUUGUGACAAAUUCUGCUCAUCUGACAUCAUGCACUUUUAUGUACUUGAGAAAGAAAUGGAGAGGACAUAACUUUGCUGCCAGAGGAACUCGACAGCCAGCACUGACAGAGCUGAGACCAGGAUUGCCCAAGCCAUGGAGCGAGAGCCAAUGCGCAUAAGGGAGGGCUACUUGGUUAAGAAGGGCAGCAUGUUUAAUACCUGGAAGCCAAUGUGGGUUGUGCUCUUAGAAGAUGGAAUUGAAUUCUACAAGCGGAAGGCUGAUAACAGUCCCAAAGGGAUGAUCCCACUAAAAGGAAGCUCUGUUCACAGCCCAUGCCAAGAUUUUGGCAAAAGAAUGUUUGUCUUCAAGCUUACUGUGGCCAAGCAGCAGGACCAUUUUUUUCAAGCUGCCUACCUGGAGGAGAGAGAUGCCUGGGUGCGGGAUAUCAAGAAAGCAAUUCAUCACAUAGAUGGAGGCCAAAGAUUUGCCAGAAAAUCCACAAGGAAGUCCAUCAGACUGCCUGAAACAAUCAAUCUGAGUGCUUUGUACCUCUCAAUGAAAGAUCCUGAAAAGGGAAUAAAGGAGUUGAAGCUGGAAAAAGAUAAAAGAGUGUUUAAUCACUGCUUUACAGGCACCUGUGUGAUUGACUGGCUGCUGUCCAGCAGCUCCAUCCGAAAUCGCAAAGAAGGUCUCCUGCUUGCCUCUUCCCUCCUGAGUGAAGGCUACCUACAGCCUGCUGGGGACACGUCCAAGGCAGCUGCAGAGGGACUGUCAGACACCCCCUUCCUGGAUCUCAGUGAUGCCUACUAUUACUUUCCAGACAGUGGAUUUUUCUGUGAGGGAUAUUCCAGUGAUGAUGAUGUGGUCCUAAAAGAAGAAUUCAGAGGCACAAUUGUCAAACAAGGAUGUUUGCUGAAACAGGGACAUCGGAGGAAGAACUGGAAAGUGAGAAAGUUCGUUUUAAGAGAUGAUCCUGCAUAUCUUCACUAUUAUGAUCCUGCUGGAGGAGAAGAACCACUGGGAGCAAUUCACUUGAGGGGCUGCGUGGUGACAGCAGUGGAAGAUAUGCCAGACACCAAGAAGUAUGAUGCUGACAACAUCCUCUUUGAAAUCAUCACAGCAAAUGAAAUCCACUAUUACUUGCAAGCAGCCUCAUCCACAGAGCGUACAGAAUGGAUCAAAGCAAUCCAGUCAGUUUCUAGGACUGGUAAAUGAAGAUGAUCUUCCAACAAGAUAGACAAAUUAAAUUAGUUAUUCAAAGCAAAAUUUGGCAUUUCCCUAAGAGAAAGCAGUAUCAUCCCAAAGUGAUUGUAUAUUGCAGUUGAGGACUGGGUGGAAGUUUCAAUUUUAUAGUGGGCACUAACAAACUAACAUUUUUUCCACUUGUGUUAUGGUAAUAUUUUACUAAAUUAUAACAUAGAAUAUGCCAUAUUAGUGUGUUGCUUAGAGUAAUCAGUUGACCUUGAUAAGGUUCUACCUGUUACCGCAGCUGAUAUUAGGAAUCUCACCAUUAACAGGGAACACAGUCAUGUCACUGACAGAGAGUAUCUCAAUUAAUCACUCUCCUCAGCCUGUGAUGUGUUACAGGAUUUUCACUGUCUUCUCCACACAAGUUUUACACUUUCUUCUUUAUCAGAUCUUGUUGCUGCUUGUUCACUUAUACAAAUAAUGCCAUAGAUACAAGAAAAAGAAGUCAACUCAUUUGGAAACUUGAUCCACUCCUUUCCAAUCUGUCAGUAUUCAGGGAGGGAAGAACGCAGACAGCUAUGGAAACACCACAGUAUAACUCCAUGGAGUUAUAUAUAUGCUAUGGAACCAAGUAUAACUCCAUGACAGCAAUAUGAGGAAAAGUCUCUUCCCACAGUAUUUCAAACACAAAGGAAUCUCACUCCAAACUCUAUAUCACCCAAUUUUAAACCUUGUCAAAUUUCUUCACAAGAAUCUGCCCCGGGACCAUUGUUUCCUUUUAUUUAGGUCUACAAAGCAGAUGGUGGGUUGUUAGGUACAGCACUCUAUUUGAAUUAAGAAUCUUGCAGGAGAAGGGCAAGGAUGCACGGGUUGGUUAUUUGAACUAUUGAUUGAACUAUUGAAGUGGUUUUGAUUAGGUUUUCCUUUUUUAACGUCCAGUACCAUACUCAGUCCUUGCUUCUGUGCCUUAGAAAUAUAAGAGAAACCUUGUGCUUGUAACUGAAAUAAAUAUUUUUAUUUGAUAAUCAGUUCACCUGAUUAAUCCUUGCAUUUUUGUCUGACUCUAUAUCAAACAAAUUUCUAAGUCUUAAAAUCUAAGGAGGAGUUGAAAAUCAAGUUAAUGUCAGACUGUGCAUGUAGGCUGUUCCUGGUACAGACUG